AUGGCUAAAACGGCAGCCCUUAAGGCUCUUGAAGUAGAGACUCAGGGUUUGUUGGUGGGACCCUCAUAUAACAGAAGUCCUUUACAGAAAAUUUUGCAAGACGAAUUAAGAGAAGUUCGUCUUCAUGAUGCUUUGACCAACGUUGUCAUCCCUGCCUUCGACAUCAAGCGAAUUGCUCCUACCAUCUUCUCAACCUUUAAGAUAGAAGAAGUGCCUGCAUUGGAUGCCAAGCUUAGUGAUAUAUGCUUAGGGACUUCAGCUGCGCCCACAUAUUUGGCUCCCCAUUAUUUUGAGAAUGCAAAUCAAGAGUUCCAUUUGAUUGAUGGCGGCGUAUCUGCUCUUAAUCCGGGUUUAGCAGCCAUUAGUGAGGUGGCUCAACAGAAGAAGGCAAACCCUGGGAUCCUUCCCAUGAUGAAGGAUCCAAGUGACUUUACUAAUUUCGUGAUGAUAUCUUUGGGAUGUGGCACUGAACCUAAGAACGCUACGCAUGAUGCUCGAAAGGCUUAUUGGUGGGGCACUCUACGUUGGAUAUUUGGUCCCGUAAUUGAAUUUAUGUAUGGAGGAAGUCAAGACAUGAUUGAUUAUCACCUUCUUACUCUUUUCCGUACAACCGACCUAGAGGACUUCUACCUUCGAAUUCAGGAUGACGCGUUAAGCGAAGAGAUGGUGAAAUUGGACAACUCAUCAAAGCAGAAUUUGGGCAAUCUUGAAACAUUUGCGAAGGAGCUCUUAAACAAACCAGUUAAAAGGAUGAAUUUGAACACUUUUGAGUUCAAGCCAGUUCCUGGAAAGGGUACGAAUGCUGACGCUCUUAAAAGGAUGGCGAAGCUUCUGUACGACGAGAAACAGAAUCGUCUGAAAGGAAACAGCAGCAACUAA